AUGUUGGCUAUUUACCAUAGGGAACUGCCGGUGACAAAUUUCGAUGAGAUUGCAUUCCACUUCAUUGAGUGCAUACAUUUCCAUGUGCAACAUUCUAGAAUGCAGAAAGGGGAUACUUUGGUUCAGCCUGAGACAAGAAAUCCAUCUUUGGACGCACCUACACCCAACGGGUUCAAUGGGAGUCAGACAUCCCUAUCAAAUCAAUUCUCUGGGCAAUUUAGUGUUGAUGGACUUAAAGGAUUGGAUCAGAUGGUCCUUGCAUAUCUGCAGCAACCUUCAAAUUUUGGACUUGAGAAGGGAGUACACAGGGAUGAACUUGCCCAAAAGUUAAAAAUUCAUGUGGAGAAGAUCAUGGAAUCAAUUAGAGUUCUCGAGGAGGAAGGCUUGAUAUACUCAACAAUUGAUGAAUUUCAUUACAAGUCGACUGUAGGCGGCUGA